UGUUUAUCACCAGUCACAUUUACUUAUCCAAAACAACACUAUGGAGAUGUAUCCUUCUUGGGUCUUAAACAUAACGUUCGGAUAUCAACUCCAUAUGUUGAUAUUCUCACUUCUCUUCCUAACUAUUGCAUCAGAAUCUUAUAUCCAAAAUCAUCACCCAAAUCCAAUGCAUAGUAGUUUCCGUCAUCCCAUUCCCCACCCCUAUUGGCUAAUCAAGGAGGGGGCGAGCCGAGAUGAUGUGAAGAGGGAAGCUCCAUCCGGUCCGAACAAAAUGGAACCACCACUCCCACCAUUGCCUCCAACCGAUAUGAAAAGAAUGGUGCCCAACGGCCCAAACUCAAUGGAACCUCCCCUAUCAUUAUUGAUUUCAAGGGACGAGAAAAGAUUAGUGCCCAACGGCCCAAACCCGAUUGAACCUCCCCUAUCAUCAUUGAUUUCAAGAGACGAGAAAAGAUCAGUGCCUAACGACCCAAACCCGAUGGAACCUCCCCUAUCAUCAUUGAUUUCAAGAGACGAGAAAAGAUUAGUGCCCAACGGCCCAAACCCGAUUGAACCUCCCCUAUCAUCAUUGAUUUCAAGGGACGAGAAAAGAUUAGUGCCCAACGGCCCAAACCCGAUUGAACCUCCCCUAUCAUCAUUGAUUUCAAGAGACGAGAAAAGAUCAGUGCCUAAUGGCCCAAACCCGAUGGAACCUCCCCUAUCAUCAUUGAUUUCAAGAGACGAGAAAAGAUUAGUCCCCAACGGCCCAAACCCGAUUGAACCUCCCCUAUCAUCAUUGAUUCCAAGAGACGAGAAAAGAUCAGUGCCUAACGGCCCAAACCCGAUGGAACCACCAGCCAGUUUAAGGAUACCAUAUUGGGUUAUGAAGGAGAAUGAAAAGGGGAAAGUUCCAUCCGAUCCAAACCCGACUGGACCACCAAUGACAUCAUUGACUUCGACAGAUGUGUCUAAUAGUCACCAACUUUAUUGGAUCGUGAAAGAGGGGGAGAAAAGAAUGGUACCUUCAGGACCAAAUCCAAUGGAAUCCCCUGAUCCAUCAAUUACAGUAUAAGAUAUUACAAUCUCUCAAUUAAUACAGAUAUUGUCUCUUUAUAUGCUCUAGUUGAACUGUUUCUAUCACACACUACACUAGCCAGUGGUGAAAUAAUGUUGUAAUAGAAAGUCUAAAAAUCUCUUCAAUGAAAUACCAUUUCUUAUAAAACUGGCAAUUUAGUAGUGUAAAUGAAAGUUCAACAAACUUAAAAUAAAACGAAAUUCCUG